CCAAACUCUAGUAUUUACUGUUUUGUACUCUUUGUUUCCCUGUCCUUGAACUGAUAUCGAGGUUUCUUCAAUGGCGGACGGAGAAGGCCACAAUCAGCCCGAACAAGUGAGUGAGACUAGAAAUGGCAGCGGAAAGUUUCUUCUUUGGGAAGCGGCACUUGAAAAGUAACCCAGUUCUCAGUGAUGACUUUCUUGAUGCUGUUAGACAGUGCUUAGAAGAGAACAGUGCAUCUGAAGUCCUUGAAUUGCUGUGUGAUGAUUCAUUCAAGGAUGUUAUCGAGUUCAGUGGAUGGGAGAUUAUCAGCAUCAUUUUUCCUUAUUCCAAUUUUAUCCCUUUGAAGAGAGAUUACCAUGAAAUAAUGGAAAGGCUUAACAAGGUUUGUAGUGCAAAGGAAAUGAUUUUGGGAUUGACUGAAAACUUGGGUAUCAUUGCAAGCUUGCAGUCUUUGAAGUUUGCACUUGAUUAUUUGCAGAAAGCAAUCAUGAGGCUAAGCUGGAAGCAAGUAAAGCUUGUUAAAGCAUGCUGUCUGGAUAUAUCAAAGCUGUUUCUUCAACUGGCUAAAUCUAAGUUUGCUGAAAUUGAAAUGCGUGGCAUGGAAACUGAUCUUGCUUGUUCAAAUUCACAGAACAGCAAUGAUGAUAGCAAAUUAAACAAUGAUGUGGUGGUCAGCAGAAAUUUGGAAGCAGAAACUAGGAAAGACAGAUCCAGUUGUGGAGUUGCUUCAAAUGAAAGUGACAACGUGGAUGAGAUGGUGCAAAAGAGAUUUUGCUGUAUGGUCAAAAUUGGAUUAUUGUUUAUAGGUCCUUUUCUUGAUGGAAAGUUAAUAGCUGGGUGUAACUUUGAUGAAAAAGAUAUCAAAGCUAUUGCCAUUAAUUUUUUAUGUACUCUGCUUGUUAAUCCUGUAUCAUCCUAUCAAAUUGUUGGCACAUGCCAGGAAAAAACAGAAUGGACACAAACCAGAUGCAUCUAUUGUAGUCAAACCAGUGAUUCGAUAUCAAGUUGUAUAAUGAAUGCCUUUUCAUCUUUCAAAAUUCCUUACACGAAAUUUUUAGAAACGGGUCUGAAUAUUGAAGAUAGGGUGUUAGAAAAUGAUGCCAAAGCAACCCUUUCCUAUCUGAUGCUUGUCAAAGACAUUGGGACAAAAUAUUGUCCUUUCGUGCUAAGCGUCGAGUAUUUGCUGAAAGUAAAUUUAGAACCAAUGCUGCAGUUUUUGAAAAGGAAUGAUUAUCAAGGGAGGAAGAAGUCGUUGGAUUUGGCGGAAAGUCUCCUUCAUCGAGUCCGUGAAUUUGCGUUGUCGUUGGAGUUCCUGGAUUCUAUAGCUGCUUGUUCGCUUUUUCAGAACCUUACUGAAAUUAUGGUCUCGGACAGCAAUCAAGAUUUCAGAAACCGUUCGCUGCAUUUGUUUAGAUUUUCAUUAAAAAGGUUUGACACGCCGUCCCGCUCGAUACUACUCAGGAAACUGCUGCGCAGCAUAAAGCACUCGGGAGUUUGUAGUCUCAUUGUCCAGUGCAUCAAGGAUGAGGUACUCCAGUUAGAUUCCAAGCUCAGUGAUCAGUCUCUGGUGAAAAAAAUCACCCCUUCCUUCUUGGAACUGACGUAUCUGUCAUUCGAUCCCAUACUGCAACACGAUUGUGACAUUGUCAUGGAAGCCGAGAGAUUUAUUGCUGCUUUGAAUCUUCUACGUUUUUUGUUGCUGAGAAGUGCCGAAAACAACGAUAAGUUUAACAUCCUGGCCAAUUUUCACAAAAUGGAAGAGCGAUAUUUAUCAGUUUUACAAAAGAAAACCGAAGAUUCAUAUGCUGAAAUUAGCUGCCAUUUGAAUGAAUCAAGAAAUGAAAUUAAAUCCUCUACUUCGGAAAGAAAAGAAGAUGCGAGCACGGAUUGCUCUUUCAGUUUGAAACACCUUGAAUUAAGCGGGAAUAUAGAGAGUCUGCAACUUUCUCUGAAUACAUUGGACAUAAUUAGGAGUCUACUAGCAAGGAUAGCUGAAUUACAUAAAGAGAUUCUACCCAGGUAAUUGAGGGUUGUAGUUUCAAGGUGAAUUCUGUACACGCGAGUGUAGGCCCAAGUGCAGGAAAACGCGGGAAACCUCGAGGCACCGGUAUUUUUCCUGCUGGCUGACGUCGGGCUGACGUCAGUGUGCUGAUAAUUUUAUCCCUACUCUCGACUGGUUGAUUCUAGGAAACUGGCAAUUCUAUAACCAAUUUCUUGACUGGAAACCGGAAAAGAACACGUGCCUGUUCUUAUACCAUCCAAGAAAGAAUGUCACCGUUUGGUUUGUGCUUAUCUCUGCUAGCCGAUCGACUUCCAACUGGACGACAAAGAAUUAUUCAACGAAUGUAUUAAAUAGGUCAAAAAAUACGGUUUCAUGCUUCACAGCCAGAUGCAUUUUUUGUUUAAAGUAGUGCAGUUUAUCACCUCGCCGUGCCAAUAAGAGCAAGCUGCUUCCUAAGAGCUGUUUUAUCGGCGCAAUCUUUCUGCUUUUCGUACUUUGCAUUUGGCAAGGAAGGAAAUUUAAAAUAGAAAUUUCAUAAACCUGUAUAACACUAAAAACGCGUCUAAACUCUACUGGAAAAUCUCCAACAUGCAAGUUAAUUUGAGUUUGUUUACUUUAUACUUAUACGAGUAUGGCCUUUUUACUCUUAACGACUCGUCAGUUUUCCCCACGUAGUGUUUCGAAUUUGUCUUUAUUGAAAAUGUUAUUUACAAAAUUGGGCAAAGUACUAAUCGGGUACAGAAAAAUCAGAGAAAAAUUUAGUCACUUGCCAAAAAUUCAGUCACUUCUCCCCAUUCUGUUUCCUGGUAGUAGGCCUAUUUGAAUUAUCUCACACAAUUGAUUUAUCUCACACAAAACUGCUUGCCCUAGAAUUGAUUUAUCUCACACAAAACUGCUUGUCCUAGAAUUGAUUUAUCUCACACAAAACUGCUUGCCCUAGAAUUGAUUUAUCUCACACAAACUGCUUGUCCUAGAAUUGAUUUAUCUCGCACAAAACUGCUUGCCCUAGAAUUGAUUUAUCUCACACAAAACUGCUUGCCCUAGAAUUGACUUAUCUCACACAAAACUGCUUGCCCUAGAAUUGAUUUAUCUCGCACAGAACUGCUUGUCCCAGAGUUGAAGCACAUUGGAAGUUCAACCAACUUUACUCGAGACAUCUGCAGAGAGUAAAUAGCGAUUUAUUGACGUUAUUAAAUGAAGCCUCUUCGUUGUGUUCUGCUGUUCUCAAUACUUUGAAUGAACAAUGGCACUACAGCUGAAACUCGGUGUGAUUGCGUCAUUGUCUCGUGUUAUAGUGACGCGCAAACACGAAGUUUCAAGUGAAAUAUGUUUGUGCAAAUCAAAACAAAUGGUUCCAAUUAACUUUCGUUGUUUCGUACGCUUUUAAAGCCCGAGAUGAUGUCCAUUGUACAUAGGUGUCCGUCAUAGAAAGUUGUCCGUUAUAGAAAGGUGUCCGUUGUAGAUUGUUGUCCGUUAUAGAGUGUGGUUGUGGUUGAAUAUGUUAAUAAUCAUGGACUAAAACUAUUUCUUAGGUGACAUCGCAUUCGAACAGAAGGCGUGGGCUUUAGAAAAUCAGCAGGCGUGGGCUGCACGUGGAUUGACACGAGUCCGGAAAAGCGAGACUGUCAAAUAAGCAGUCAAAAGUAUCACCCCAGUUGAAACGAAUUAUGCUAGACGAUGAUAGAAAUUUGUUUUCAAAAAAGCACAGGCCAAUUCUGUCUUCCAAGAUAUUAGCUUUGACGUAGCAGUUGCCCAGAUUGUCGACAUAGAAAAUAUCAAGUUUUCCAACGGUUGUCCUUGAACAUCCAAAUUUCUAUCCCUGCUUAAUGAUUUAACAGUGAAAACGUUGCAUUGUCAAUCCCAUUAAGCAACAAUAACAAACUUCUCUAAUACAUAUGUAUAUGUUACUGGCUAGCCUAGGUUACAGACAGGGACGCCGGAAUGACCAAGGGGCAAGGGGGGCUGGCUUGAGUAAAAGGCCAUUUGAAAGAUAAUUCCCAGCUUCAACUAAUUCUUUCGUUGUGGUUGACCCCUUCUAUCAAAAGGCAACAGAGGCGGCUGACCCCCCGCGCCCCCUUUCUCUAGCAUCCCUGGUUACAGAUUAAGAACAAAACAUAUAAUAGGCAGGCAGACUGAGAAAAAAAUAUUGCCGCACCAAAAGAUAAGGUAGCUUAGUUGGAAAUGAGGUAGCGUUUGUGUUUCUGUUCGACACGCUGGUUUUUUGUAAGGGCCAGUUUUUCACGAGGCUCGAUGUUCUUGUUGAUAAUUUUUUAGGCCUGUGUGUUUACAACUGCAUGCUAUCAAUUGUGUCUAAGUCCAUUUGAUGUAAGUUUUGAAUGACAAUUUUGGUAGAACGGUUGAUUUGCUGGUAAAAUCUGCAUUGUUUUGUUAAUAUUAGAUAAAGAUUUCAAAAAUA